UGUGUAACCAUGGAGAUGGGUUAGCUGUCGGAGGUUGGCUCUGCGCUCCGCGGCGCGUUGAAAAUGCGCUACGGCCGCUUCUGAGUUCACUAGCUCCAUCGCUUGCAGUCGCUCCGUUGCCCUCCGUUCGUGGAUGCAGCUCAGCAAUUCCCUGUCACACGAAAUUAUCAAACGAAAACAAAGCCCAAAUAAUGUCAUUCAUAACGACACGACAGACGCCAAAAAUAAUUUGACAACUUUCGAAAAUUUCGUUUCUGAGAUUCACCCUGCUUUUAGCGCCCCUGUCCAACCCCCCUGCUGAGAGGGCCGUGCGGGACCAUGAUGCUCAGCGGCUCAGUGGAGGUGUCCGGCCCCAGCGGGGGGAUGAGUGUGGCGGCUGCCCGCAAUGUGGUGCGCAGUUCCAGCAUCAGCGGCACCAUGUACAACCUGGAGAAAGGUCCCAGCGGCACGGUCCCUGACAUGUCUGCUGCCACGGCUGGCUUGACCGGAAACAAGAAGCGCCGCUCCAGUCUCGGAGCCAAGAUGGUGGCCAUUGUGGGUCUAUCGCAGUGGAGUAAGAGCACCUUGCAGCUCAACCAGCCAGAUGGCGCCACAAAGAAGCUGCGCAGCACGAUCCGGAGGAGCACGGAGACUGGUAUAGCCGUAGAGAUGAGGAACCGUGUGACACGGCAGAGUAGUAAGGAGUCAACGGACGGCAGCACGAACAGCAACAGCUCAGAUGGAACGUUUAUCUUCCCAACCAAUCGUCUGGGCCCUGAAAACCAAUUUAGUGACUUCUUGGAUGGCCUUGGUCCCGCUCAAAUAGUUGGACGUCAGACAUUAGCCACGCCCUCAAUGGGUGAUGUACAUAUUGGAAUAGUGGACAGAGGUGGUCAAAUUGAAGUGGAGAUUACCCAGGCCAGGGGCCUAACUCCUAAACCAGGCUCAAAAAACAUUCCAGCAACAUAUGUGAAGGUGUAUGUUCUGGAGAAUGGGGCGUGUCUGUCCAAAAAGAAGACCAAAGUAGUGAAGAAAACUCUGGAUCCAACGUACCAGCAGACCCUGCUCUUUGAUGAGGGCCCCCAGGGUAAAGUACUGCAGGUGAUCAUCUGGGGUGACUAUGGCCGCAUGGAUAGCAAAUGUUUCAUGGGGAUGGCCCAGAUCCUGCUGGAGGAGCUGGACCUGUCAUCCAUGGUGAGCGGCUGGUACAAGCUGUUUCCCACCUCAUCUCUGGCAGACCCCAGCAUCGGCCCACUUACCCGACGUCUCUCCCAAUCCUCGCUGGAGAGCGCCACUAGCCCCUCGUGCACCUAGAUGGGUCCUUGGCCGGAUUCUCCACUGAGCACGUCCUCGAUGACUUCUCUCUGUGUGUCUGUGCUCUCUUUCUCUCUGUGUGUAAUUCACUCUAAAAUAUGUGCUCUCACACCCCUACCUUCCCCAUAGAGCAUGCAAACACACACACACACACACACACACACACACACACACACACACACACACACACAAACAUGUACAAACAUUCUGAUAUAUAUUUAUCCCACACCUGGAAAGCUGCUACUCCAGGGUACGUGGCACACAAACCCCCAUAGGCACACAUGCACAGACACACACGCACAGACACGCAUGGAUAUGCAUGCACCCACAGAUGCAUAUAAGCCCACAGGUGGAUAUGUGAGAGUUAUUGAGUUUAACCAGCAAACACACAGAAGAUUCAUGGUGAGGGGGCAUAUGGGUGGUCACACACUGACCUGUUAGUUGAGAAACACUUUACAGACAAAUGAUGUAAAUGUAGCAUUUAUGUUUGCCCAAGCCAUACACAGCAGAAUGGAGCUAACUUGUCCCUUAGGGUACAUCCUCAUUCUAAAUACCAGUUUCUUUCUUUCUUAAACUCUCUAUGCCAAACCUGAUAAAAGUUUAUUUUUUAAAACCAAAGCAAUUCUUAUUAUCUGUGGUAUCUGUAGAUAAUGGAUAUGUAGCACAGUCAACGACUUGGGUGAGAUGCAAAAAAGAAAAGAAAUACUAUAAAAACUAAGAGAAUCAGUUUAAUAUAUAUCUAUACAUGCUCACACCUAGAAUUAUUUUCACCAUUGAUAAAGAUGAACGAGCAAUGGUGCUUAAAAUAAACAAAACUGAUCACAGACAUACUAUAUGUGACAAAUACCUGUAUGUACAUACAUAUUACACAUAAUCUUGAAAACUUCAUGUAAUCUAAUCAAAACAUUUUUUAAACAAAACAAAAAAAUCUUUUUUUCUUCCGAAUCAUUACUGUUAGCAUUGUUGACGCUCGUGUUUUUUUCUUGACGCUGAGACAUUCCCUUUAACAGCCCAGACUGGCCCUAGUCUGGACAGACUGGCCCUAGUCUGGACAGACUGGCCCUAGUCUUCACAGCUCAGACUAUUUUUAUUUUUAUAUGUAUUAUUGCACCAUGCAGAAUUUUUGUCUGUUUUGCUGUCUUUUGGGUAUCCUCAUAGCCCAAAUCUCUCGUCGGAUCUCUUCAGGUCUUUAACCAGGUCUAGAGACAGAUCUGGUAAUUGUAAAUACAGAUUUUGUUUUUAGAUUCCAUAUUUAUUUUCAUUUUGCAGAAUUUUGGGAGAUUAUAGUGCUAAUGAGCGCCUUAGAGACAGUGGUGAUGAAUGGGCCCCAAAAGAUUCCAUCACCUUUUUUCACAGUGAUUUUAUUAUAAAAUAGGUAAAUAAAAGAAUGUGUUCCUUCUAUGCUUAAACCUAACAUAUGGAUCACUCUCUGUGCUGUACAUUUUAAACAGCUGUUUUCUUCAACUUUAUCAAGGAUAGAAGUAAUUCUGGAGGUGACUGUAAACAUACACACACACACACACACACACACAUGCAGUAAUGCACACACAGUCUUCAAAGGGCAGGGCUCAAAUAGACUGGUCAGGUUAUUUAAAUGCACAUAGCUCCAAUCACAUAAGGUAGCAUAAAUAUAUAACUAAACAGAGCAGAGGACAUAAAUAUAUAGAUAACUAGAUAAUAUUUGUGUUUAUGUAUUUAUUGACUGCAUUCUGCAUGUUUACUCAGCCCUUCUUUAAAAAAUGAAAAAUAUAAAGUGCUGUUUGAAGCCUGCCUUUAAACAUAUUUAGAAUAUAUAGACUGCUUUAUUUAUUUUGCUGAUGUUGUAAAAUUUUCAUUUUAUUUGAAAAAUGUUGAUACGCACUGAGGAGUGGAUAUAGGAUGAUGGCCCACCUAACGUCUCACCAUAAAAAAAGAAUCAGUUGUUUGACUAAACGACUAAACCAGCAGCUCUCGACAAGGUGCACAAUAGAACCCAAAAGGAUUAGAGUGGUUGGACCAAGGCUCCUGAGAGGGCGUGACCGCCAGCGAGCUGUCCAGAUCUAGGGAAGCAGGUGGUCCUUUUUGUGGGGACGAACCGUUUUUCUCUACCAGCAUAUAAACUUGAAUUAUAAAAUGCAUUCGUCCCCACAUACCGUCCUAUUCUGUAGGUCAUUAAUCGAAUGAGAACACCAGCAAGAACAAGGGCAGCAGUGAAAAAACAUCACUGGACAAUGAUAUGGGUUUGAUGGUGGACCACCCUCGGUUGUACGCUCAAAGUCUUUCAAAGGCCAGAAUAACAGACAUUCUCUGUGCACAGCUUGCCUUUUUGGCAUCCAAACUCUUUAAACAUUGUUAUCAUGGCCACUAACCAAAAUAAUGGCCCACGUUAACCCCCAGCUCUGAAGCAGAAUGACUCUAGAUUGCAUGUUCAGCCUAUCCUAGGCAGAACAGAGUUUUGAAGGCUUUUCUUCUCUUUAGGUGUGCUCUCUUAUCCAUCAUAGUUUUCUGAGUUCAGGAUGUAGUUCUGCAGAGUCUGUUGAGUUGCGUUUUUCUGAGCAGGAUUUCUAGGAGCAGUUAUGCUUUGUCAAGAUAUACUGUGUGAAGUUUCCUUGGUUUUGAAUGUUUUCACAAUGUAAAGAAUCAUCUCACAUAUCAUAUUCCCUUAGCUCUAAUCUUUUCUCCAUAUACCAUGGGGCACAAAGUUUGUGGCUUAUUAAUUUUAUGGAUUAUCUCUGACCAUGAUGGGAGUAAAGACUACAGUUUUCAGUGUCACCUCAGUGUUCAGUGUUAGUGAUCCUGUUCCUGUGUUUCUGGUGUCAUCCCUGUGGAUGUAAUGCAUACAAUAAGAACAGCUUUUAUCUUCAAUAUGCAUAUGUGCCUGGUAAGUCUGGUCAACAAUCAUUUGCAUCCUGCAAAAAUAUCUACUAUGUAUUGUUGCACGCUAAAUCCAAAUACGUUUUCCACGUGUCUCUCACCCUUUAUUUUUUAGGUCCAGUAUACUCAUCAUGAAAAUUUCACUUAAUGUGAAAUAUGUCAUUAUGCGUAAGUGGAACCAAGGGCACUGGAUGCCCACUGUAUUGGCAGACUGAUACUAGACAUUGAAGAGGAAUGUUUCUGAGGCAAAAUAUAGGAAAAAACAUUUUAGAACUAUGUUUUAAAAUAUGUGCAUAUUUUAAAUGUCAUCAUAGCUCUACGUAUGAAUAAAUAGUACAUAAUGUAAAAUUUAAUUGCUCUUAAUUAUCUGAAAACAGAUUUGAAAUCAGCAUACAAAGUAGUAUAAGGUCCACCUAUUUUGGUUUGGGAAACACAAAAGGUUGAAAUUUUGUUGCCCAGUGUAAUUUACCAAAAGGUUCAUCGUAUUACUUUUCUUGGUCUGUCAGCCUGAGACUCCUCCCAAAAACCAUCUGUUGUUGGGGAGGUCGAUAUCAGUAGGUUGGUAUAUUUUCUGUAUCGUCAGAAAAAAUAACCCAUUGUCUCUGUAUUUGCCAGGAUUAAAUUUAGUCAACACAAAGCAACUCUUUGGACAAAACUCUUGGUUGAAACUCUUGAAGAUUAUUGGAGAUGGUUAGAUUGUACUGAGAAAAAAAAAGCUCCACAAUAUUGUAUCCAUAGCUGAAUGUUUUCUCUUUGGUAAACUCUAUGAAUUAUUAUUAGAUAUUGAUAUUUUUCCAUGUGAUUUUUAGGUAUACUUGGGACUUAUAUGCAUCCCAUAGCUAAAUGAAAGGCAAAACGACAAUUCGAUCUAUUUCUUCCUCCCUCAGUAAUUCCUUUGGUUAAAUAUUUUUAUUGUUCUGCUCUGAGAUGAAAAAGGUCAAUUUACUUAUUUCCUUUAUAGGGUAAUGUAAUUGAGCAGUAAAGCCUAUUUAAUGCUUUAGGUACUGUGGUUUGUUACUGUAAAUACAAAUGUAUACUGAGGCCAUGCUUAUAAUGACAUAAAUGAUGCACGAUUUUGCAACAGUAGAAAAAAGACAUCGUUGUACCAUCAGAUCAUUAUGGCUGUGGUAUGUGCUGUGCAGUUAGUUCCUUGGACACCAUACUAUUGAUUUGUUGAGCCUCGCCACCUGUAUGUUAUCGGCCAGUAAAAUUAAAAAAAAUAAAAAUAAAAAGUAGACUUUGAAUGACUUGCUAUCAGUUAUAUGUCAUGCAGAUAGUUUGUCCUUGAUUUAUGUGGAGCUAGGUGAUCUUGGCACACAUGAAAGGCUGGAAGGGUAAAGUGAUAAUGAGGUGCACACUUAGUGUUGGGAGACCUUGGUGAUAAUUAUGGCUAAUAGGAAUAAACCUUCACCUGAUUGUCAUGCGGUAUGUCUGUUAUGCUUUUACAUUGUCAGAGAUGGGCAAUGAGACUUUUUUUUUCUUCAGUGACUGUCAGAUACUAUAAAGUGUACAAAUGUUGUAUGUUGAAGGUGCUUUAUGUGGCUUAAAUUAAAAAAAAAAACACCUAAAACUACUUGGUAGGUGAUCUCCAUUUUCACUCAUUAGUAUAAUAUAAGUUAAAGAGUGAUUUAAAUCAAAACCCUGGCAGGGCUUUCUGAAGAUCACUUUUGAAAGAAAAAAUAUACUGAAAAAGUUUGCUCUAUAAUGAGAUUUUUUUAAAAUUUUUUUUUAAAGGAAAAAAAAUAUUUGAGAGUGUUUAUUUGAAGGCUAGCUAAUGGAAACUGCUUGGCUGAAUUCUGCCUGUGAAUUCUUUUCAUGAGGGCUUGUGAUGUCAUUUGCCUUACUAUAUUUUUGAGGUUUGUUACAAGUACAUGACAGGAGUGUUACAACAGUUUGGAUAUACCCUAAAGGCUUGAGCAUUUGCUGUUAUGUACUAGAAGUAUGUUAACAAAGUUUUAUGAUUGUAUUUCUUUUUAACAAAGGUAUAAAUUAAGCUUUGUUUUUGAUAUUACAUUUUAUUAGACAUGUACUCUGAAUUCUGAUAAUGUUACCGAGGAUUAAGUAAUUAACUGUCAAAUGAACUCAUUUAUUCUUCACAAGGAUUGCACUCUGGUGCAUGAUUACAUUACUGUUUACAUAUAUGACAGAUUCAACAUUUACAGAAAUCUCUAUUUUUUGGGGGGGUGGGGGGAGGGGGGGAAUCAGCAUAGGUAGAAAUAUUGUAGCAUUAGUUUGCCUUCCAUUCUCUGACAAAAUCCUUCAGUUUGCAAAAACCUUGUCAUGGCCAGCAUGGGGCACAGGCAUUUACCCUGUUUGGUUGGGUUUUGACUCUAGAUGACCAGUGAGUUACUUUUUAGCUAUAGACACUUUGUAACUACCACUAGAAAAAAAGGUAUAUGUGCUGCUGUGGUGUAAUCUUUCAGGUUGAACACACAAGAAUAACUUGACUUUGGUCAAAAAUUUAAAAGAAUACAUUUUUAUCUGCUUGAAUAUGUAAUUCUGCCAUGGUCAACUAAUGUUUCUUUUUGCUGUCUUUACACAUUAGUCACUCUGCUCUCUUACCCUCACAACGUGUAUCACUGUUCAUAACAGCACAAGAAACUUACAAGUCAUUUUUCACCCUGCCAUGUUUAUAGAAGAGUUUUAAAAGAUAAGACCAAAACAAGAAAUGUAGCUCUCCUAAAGACAGUGCCCCGUUAAAACCAUUGCUGAUGUUUUAAAAUAACUGAAGAUAAAAUUGUUUUAUUAGCCUAAAACCUGAGCUCAGAAAGGACAGUGUCUGGUGUCCCUGCAAAUAAAGUUGUCAAAAGUGGUUAAAGUGCACGUUCUGGCUACAAACAUUUUGCUCAUUGUGCAGGAGUGAUAUACUGUAGAAGAGCUACUACAACAUUUAGGGAAAGGUACAAAGGUAGGAGCUAUAAUUUUAUACUUGUGCUUUGUAAAUGUUUUCUAUGUGCAGUAUUUGAUAAUGUAAAACUGGUAUUUUUGUGGUUUGUACGCUGACAAAUUGAUUAUCUAAGGUGCACGUAGUUUUGUAAGAAAAAUUGGAAAGAACUAAAAACACAAAUGUUUUGAACCCGAAGCCUGUAUCUGCAUGCCUGUUGAGUGACGGAGGAUGGAAGUCAAUAAAGAUUUAUUUGAAUCAUC